AGUAGUGUCGCGCGCGCCGCGCUUUGCAACCCGAACGAUAUAAGCAGAACAAAAACUCAGUUCCUCAUCUUCGUGUGUGUUUCCGUGUCGCAAGUUCACUGUGUUCUGACUUAAGUGUUGUUUUGUUCACUCGGAUACUGUACAAGUGUUGUGACUGCGUGUGUAAUGCCGCAAAUUUUUGUUUAGCGGCGAUCACCGGGCGAUGCUCACAGGAGAGCAUGUGAUGCCGGCCCUUGACGCCCGGCGCCAUGCCCACGCCGCUGCAGCCCGGCGGCCCCGCUAGCGGCCCGCCUCCGGAGCGCAAGCGGCGCCGCAAACGCGACGACCCGCAGAGUUCAGCAUCGCUCGAGCCAGACGACGACGACGGCAACAUGAGCCCCGAGGAGGAACCCAGAAACGCGCCGGCAGCCCCGGCAGCGCCCACUCCGGCCCCGUCCUCUGCCCCCGCGCCCACUUCGCCGCCAGCUGCCCCGGACGCCGUAGACCUUACCUCGCGACGUGACUCACCGCUCCUCUCCUCUGAUGUUGAACAUUUUGACGGCAAGAUAGUUUACAAUCCUGACGGCUCCGCUUACAUCAUCGAGGACCCUGAACUAUCGGAGGGUGAAACGAGCUUAUCGGAUCUACCUAAAAUAGAACCGGGCUGUAUCGUCGAUAGCAGAGACAGCAACGUCGUCGAGAGACAACUUGACUUUCCUCAGAUUGCGAGUGCUUUUUAUGUUUCAAGAAACCCUUCUUUAUACGGUGCGCUGUAUGGAAGACUGGCUGCUGAAAGAGUGAGAGCGAGACCUGACGCGCCUGUUAUGCAUAGUUAUCGAGUGUUCAGUUUUCGUGGAGGAAAAGAGACUCCGAGACCCCAGUCUCCAACCCCUGAGUGUCCUAUUAGUGUACCAGUUAAACCAAUUCUAAUGUGUUUUAUAUGUAAACUAAGCUUUGGCUACGCGAAGUCGUUUGUAGCGCAUGCACAGUCAGACCAUAGUUUAUCAUUACUUGAUACAGAACGAGAUGCAUUAUCGAGGGAAAAUGCAUCUGCCAUCAUUCAAUGCGUCGGAAAAGACAAAGAACCACUAGUCUCAUUCUUAGAACCUGUAGGUGCUGCUGCACCACCACGUGCUUCCGUGUCUGGUAGCCCUGCAAAUAUGUCAGAAUUAUCGAGUCCAUCAGUAGAUAAAAGGCUAGACCUUAUGACACCGGAUAGAGAAAACGACAAUAUGUUACCUAAUGGAUCAUGCGAUGACAGAAGACCUAGCCCGCCUGCGUGGAGACCACCUAGAUCAAUGGCUGAAUCUCUGAUGCCACAACAUUCAUUGAUUUCAGUAGCUCAUCCUCAUACUAUUAACGCGUCAGUACAACCACGUGGAAGUCCAAAUUCAUCUCCUCCAUUCCAAGCAGCCCCACCAGCUUUUCUGUCGGGCACUACAAUAGGAGUAUGCCCGGACCAUUUAGGUGGAAGGCCGUCAGGUGCUGAUUGCCCAAAAUGCGAGCUUAUUUUAAAUUCUGGUAGAUUAGGUGGACCACUAGCUGGUAUGCACAGUCGAAACUCAUGUAAAACACUCAAAUGUCCGAAGUGCAACUGGCAUUACAAAUAUCAAGAAACAUUGGAAAUUCAUAUGAAAGAGAAACAUCCCGAAGCAGAGACAAGUUGUAUUUACUGCAUUGCAGGACAACCUCAUCCACGGUUAGCAAGAGGUGAGACGUACACUUGUGGAUACAAACCUUACAGAUGUGAAGUGUGUAACUACUCGACUACGACAAAAGGUAACCUAAGCAUACAUAUGCAGUCGGACAAACAUCUUAAUAAUAUGCAAGAGUUACAAAAUGGUGGCAAUCCUGGAGAGAGCAACUUACCUCCAUCACAACAUACACCACCAGGUGCACAUAAGCCACCAUUACCACAUCACUCACCUUUAGGACAAAAACCAAAGCCAACGUUCAGAUGUGACGUCUGCAACUACGAAACUAAUGUAGCCAGAAAUUUGAGGAUACACAUGACUUCUGAAAAACAUACGCAUAACAUGCUUGUCCUACAACAAAAUGUGAAGCAUAUGCAGACUUUAUCGGCCCUACAUCAUAGACAACAGAGUCAACAACAACUUGAAAGCCUUUUGCAUUUCCAUGGGGGAGAUGCUCCACCACCAAACCCAGAAGCAGCUUUAGCCGAUAUGGCAUACAAUCAAGCGCUUAUGAUUCAGCUGAUGACCGGCGGACCUGGACCGUCUCCACCUGAACUUGGCGCUCAUUUAGACGUGGGUCUCAACCCUGAUGCCAUGGAACCACCACCAGAACCAGCUGACCCUGAACCCGAAAGGACUUUCCAUUGUUGUAUAUGUAACUGUUUCUCCACCGAUUCCUUGGAAGCCUUGGGUCACCACUUAGCUCAAGACCGCACCAAGAUAAGAGAGCAAGAAAUCCUAGCGCUAGUAGCUGGUCAUUACGUUUGCAAAUUAUGCACAUACAAAACAAACUUGAAAGCAAACUUCCAACUGCAUUGCAAAACAGACAAACAUCUGCAAAGGCUACAGCAUGUUAACCAUGUGAAAGAAGGUGGACCUCGAAAUGAGUGGAAAUUGAAAUUUUGCGGUGGUGUUGGAACUGGUGGUGCAGGUGUAGGUGGUGUGCAAGUGAGAUGCUGCGCGUGUGAUUACUAUACGAAUUCGGCGCAUAAGCUACAACUACACGCAGCUGGUGCUCGCCACGAGGCAGCCACGCUCUUGCUAAGACAUGUUCGAGACUGUGCAUCAAGAAUACCACGUGAUCGCCCUCGUGUGUACCGUUGUGCUUUGUGCGGUUUCGGAGCCCCACAUCGCCUCCCACUCUUACAGCAUGUGCGCUCCGUCAAACAUCUGCAAAUGGAACAAAUCCAUCAACUUCAACGUCGGUCAGAAGGCAAGGAUCCCACACCAGACGUGGCUGAACUCUUCCAAGUCAUACCUCAGCCACCAGAGCUACCCAGUCCAUUUGAUCAACAAGAAAAUGAUACUAAGGAGCCCAUUGAUCAGAAACCUGAGUUGACCCAAGAACAAAAGAUGUUGAGAUUUUUGGAACAACAUCAGCAGCAGCAACAUCAACAACAGCAACAACAACAGCAACAGCUUUCGCAGCAAUCAAUGCAACAAACUUCCAGUGAGAAAGACGAAGAAGAGCUUACGGGAUCUCACCCAUGUCCGUAUUGCAAUUUUAGUUGUGAUAGUGAAAGCAAACUUCACGCUCACGUUAAUUCUAUGCAUAGUGAUACAGCGCGGCAUUUCAUUUGUCCUUUAUGCCAAGACGCCUUCAAGGACCGACCCGCGCUCGAACGACAUGUAAUGCAAAUCCAUUCCGUGAACUCUGAAGGUCUACAACGCCUUCUACUCUUAGUAGACCAAAGCCAUUGGUUGAAUGGCGGUGCGCAAGCGCAACGUGAAGAUUCAAGACAAGGCGAUGAAGAACGCGAGAUUUCAUCUCCACGCUCAGAGGGCAGUGUGGACGGAGAGACAGAAAGAUGCUCGACUUGUAACAGAACAUUCCGCAACGUCGACGAACUUUGUCAUCAUCAAAAUGAGUCAGGCCAUUUAGAAUUAAAACAAACACCACAAGGUCCCGGUUACGUUUGUUGGAAGAAAGGAUGUAAUCGUUACUUUGAAGCGGCUCAUGCCCUACAGAAUCACUUUAAAGAAGCUCAUGCGCGCAAUUCUACUGCAAACAUGUCGGUAUCGGAGAAACACGUUUACAAGUACCGUUGUAAUCAAUGUAGUCUCGCAUUCAAAACAGUUGAAAAGCUUCAAUUGCAUUCACAAUAUCAUGUUAUACGCGACGCUACUAAAUGUGUUUUGUGUGGACGCAGCUUUAGAUCAAUACUGGCGCUCCAAAAACACGUGGAGACUUCACAUCCUGAACUGUCUGAAGAUGAAUUAUCUGCAUUCAAGCGAAGCUUGGCGUCAAAUCCCCUAUUGCAAUCAAGCCAGGGUACAGCUUUAGACCCAGCUACUGCAGAUUUAUUGCGAAAAGAAGCGUUGAGAACACCAGAUGAUGACAUGGGAGAUAUGGAAGACAGAGAUUCGAGUGCCACCGCUGCUGACGAGUCUGGUCACAAUGACGCUGAAAAUUCAGAUGAUUCCAUAAUUUAUAAAGAUCAACAAUUCUUAGAAGAUUACUUGAACUCGCAAGCUAUGGCUGAAGAUUCUUAUAAUGAUCCAAACAGAAAAUAUAAAUGUCACCGAUGUAAAGUUGCAUUUACAAGACAAUCUUAUCUAACCGCACAUAAUAAGACGCUCUUACAUCGAAAAGGUGAAAAAUUAACAUAUCCUAUGGAAAAAUACUUGGAUCCUAACAGACCGUUCAAAUGUGACGUAUGCAAAGAAUCAUUCACACAGAAAAAUAUCUUAUUGGUUCAUUAUAACAGUGUCAGUCAUUUACACAAAUUGAAACGGGCCAUGCAAGAACAACAGAACAAUAACAAUCCGCCCGUUUCUCCAGGCGCGGGAACAGCGCCAUCGAAUUUAACUCUCACUCCAAAAAGUACAUCGAGCGAAGAGGAUGAUCGUAAACGAUAUAAAUGCAAUAUAUGCAAAGUGGCUUAUACGCAAGGCAGCACGUUAGAUAUUCAUAUGCGAUCUGUUUUGCAUCAAACACGUGCCGGAAAGUUGCAAGAGCUCGCCGCUGCGGGCCACGUUGACUUGACACGGCCUUUAGUAGAGCAGCCGGAUAGAAACGACCCCGCCAAAAUUUUACAAGACGUAUUGUCGCCAAAAAAUACAUCCCCUUCAUCUACGAGCAGCGGGGGGCCGCGCUCUUCGCCCCCCGCUCGCCCAGGUAGCCCUCGGUCCCCACGGGCAGGUAGCGCCUCGUGCGAGCGAUGCCACGCGUCAUUCCCGACUGGGGAGCUACUCGACGCACAUCGCGCUACUUUAUGUCCGUUUGGCGAUGCGCGGGCGCACUCACCACUUGGAGACGCAGAAGCAGCCGCUCUCGACGAGAUGGUAGCGAAGGGCAAUCCGCCCAAAAGGAACUCGCAAAUGUAUAAGCAACUUUUAGAAACGUUCGGCUUCGACCUCGUGAUGCAGUACAAUGAGAAUCAGCGCCGCAAGUUGCAAGAGGAACGUGAGAUGGCGCGGGCGCCGAGCCCGCCGCCUCCGCCACCCGAAGAGAAGCCCCCGGACAGUGAAAACAAAUCUACGUGUCAACAUUGUAAUAAGGAGUUCUCUAGUGUGUUCGUUUUAAAGACUCAUUGUGAAGAAGUGCAUAAAGAUAAAGUUCCGCUCGAGUUUUUGGAACAGUUCGCGGAGCAAUUUAAAUCUGAAUAUGAGAGGAAAUCGGGUGCGCCGAACUCGCCGCGGGCCGCAUCACCUGCGCCGCAAGGUGACCGCUCGCCUUCACCCCGUGGUGAUAGCAAUGGCAAUUUCACCGAGAACGCGAACGGCUCUGGUGAAGCGCAGGCUGGGGCUUUGCUCGCCGCACAAGUGCAAGAGAUGCAGGCGGCACUCAACAUGCUGCAAUUGCAACAGCAGCUCGGACAACUGCAUCCCAUGGUGGCCCAGAUGCUCUCGCUGGGGUUGCCUCUCGGCUUGAACGUCGGGGCCCUCGCAGCGAUGAACCUGCAGCCUCCCUUGGUGCCGCUCAUGCUGCCGCCACCACCAUUCGACGCAAUGCCGUUUUCGCAUGACGCCCAAUUAAAACAACAACAAUUAAUACAGCAACAACAACAGGCUAACGCCGCAGCUGGACAGAAAAGAGCUCGUACUCGUAUAACUGACGAGCAAUUGAAAAUUUUACGAUCGCACUUUGACAUUAAUAACUCGCCAAGCGACGAAGCAAUUGCGAAAAUGGCCAAACAAUCCGGCCUAGCUACAAAGGUUAUCAAGCAUUGGUUCAGAAAUACACUUUUCAAGGAACGCCAACGAAACAAGGAUUCGCCUUACAACUUCAACAAUCCGCCAUCUACGACAUUAAACCUUGAAGAAUACGAAAAGACCGGAGAGGCUAAAGUGACGCCUUUAGAUUCUUCAGCGAGCUCCGAUGAAGGCAAACCACCGCCCGAAAAAAAAGCAAAAACUGAAGAAAUUUCAUUGGUUAGCCAACAAGAAGUUAAAUCUGAGCCUAACGAAGAGCCUACAAUGGAAGAAAAAUAUAAUUCCUACGACGACCGCCAUCAAGAGGACAAAAGCUUCAUCUUUCCUCAAGCUCCAUCCCAAAGUCCUGCAUUAAGCAGCUCAGAACUGCAUCAAAGCAUAUCUCGUCCUCAAACACCAACUCACUUGUCGUUAAAUUCUUUAAUACAAUCCCAACUUGACUCAAUACCGGCUACGAGUAUACCUCAGCCGCCACAUCCAUCUAUGCUACCACCGAAAAUAAAUCCUAAUUUCACGUCCCCAAACUCCGCGCCCCCGAACGUCCUACCUUUGACCCCAAAUCGCAGCCUCAGUCCUGGCAGGGGACCGGCCGAUUUCGGACUUUCCGGGGGCAACUCGAAUGGAUCCAACAGCUCGGGGUCUUCUGGCAAACGCGCCAACAGAACUAGAUUCACUGACUAUCAGAUUAAAGUAUUGCAAGAGUUUUUUGAAAAUAACGCUUACCCAAAGGAUGACGAUCUAGAAUAUCUUUCUAAAUUAUUGGGCUUAAGUCCGAGAGUCAUCGUAGUAUGGUUUCAAAACGCUCGACAGAAAGCAAGAAAAGUAUACGAGAAUCAACCGGCAGCUGAUCCACCAGCGGGCUCGAUGGAUGACGCGAAUAGAUUUCAACGCACACCGGGAUUGAACUAUCAAUGCAAAAAAUGUCAGUUAGUAUUUCAACGAUACUACGAGUUGAUUAGACAUCAGAAAACUCAUUGUUUUAAGGAAGAGGAUGCGAAACGAUCAGCGCAGGCACAAGCGGCAGCUGCGCAAGUUGCUGCUACUUUGAGCAGCGAAGACUCUAACUCUAGCACCGUAGAACACCACGUUCCGCAUGUGCCAGUUUCACCGGCACCACCUCGUACUCCCACACCUGCCGCGCCUAAUUAUCCAGUAUCUCCGGCUCCCACUACACCUCAUACGCCAGUAACUCCUUUAUCUCACCAACCUAGAGAAGAAAAAGAUGGAAAUUUUCAAUGCGAUAAAUGCAAUUUAGUAUUCCCAAGAUUUGAUCUCUGGCGAGAACAUCAGUUGGUUCAUAUUAUGAACCCAAAUUUAUUUCCCACCUACCCUCCAGAUUCCCCUUUUGGGAUCUUACAACAACAUGCUCAGCUACAACAGUUAAACGCUUCACUUUCAAAUGAAGAAGCUCGCCACCCUUUAGUUGCUGCUCUAAACCAGCAAGUAGCUAAAAGAAAAUUUGAUGAGUUUGAAGAGGCAGAUACUGGAGAACAGCCAAAAGAUAAACGAUUGAGAACAACAAUUUUACCGGAACAGCUAGACUACCUGUAUCAAAAGUACCAAAUUGAAUCAAACCCAUCUAGAAAGAUGCUUGAAAAUAUUGCUCGAGAAGUUGGAUUGAAAAAAAGGGUAGUCCAAGUUUGGUUUCAAAACACGAGAGCGCGUGAAAGGAAGGGUCAGUUUCGUGCACAUGCACAAGUUAUAAAUAAACGCUGUCCCUUUUGCCCUGCUUUAUUCAAAGUGAAAAGCGCAUUAGAAAGCCACUUAAGCACGAAACACGCUGAUCAGUGUGCAAGAGGAGAGAUCAACGUGGACGCUUUACCUGAUGAGGAGUUAAGUACAGAGUCGACGCCUAGUUUUGGUUCUCAACAAAGUGACAGGCAGCAAAAUUUUUCCCAAGGGGGGGCUCCCAUGUUGCCCCCUAUUUUUCCGCCGUUUCACUCAGACAUGGAGAAAUUUAUCAAACAGUAUAGUGAGGAGUCAAUGAAGCGCUAUGUUAGUGAGCUUCAAGCUCACGCUGCCGCCCAACAGAAUGGCAGUAGCAAUGAACCAUCUGAGAGACGACCUGAACAUGGAAAAUCUGAAAUACCUUUAGAUCUCAGCAAACCUGUAGAUUUGUCACGACCUGGAUCGGACGCAGACGAGAGGUCAGAUACGGCAUCUGAAACCAUGGAAUUCUAUGAAGAAGAUGACCCCACCUCCCCUUUAGCGGGUCAGCAUCCAAAUCAAAGGCCUCCCGGCAAACGUUUUCGAACUCAGAUGUCUUCAAUACAAGUUAAGAUUAUGAAGGCUCUGUUCGGUGACUACAAAACGCCAACGAUGGCAGAAUGCGAAGCGCUCGGACGCGAAAUUGGCCUACCAAAGCGAGUAGUACAAGUGUGGUUCCAAAACGCUCGUGCCAAAGAGAAGAAGGCAAGAUUGGCGGCCGGUCUCUCGGAGGUGUCGGACGCGCAGCCGCCCGACGAGUGUCGUGUGUGUGACUUCAAGUACAGUCACAAGUAUUCAGUCCAAGACCACGUGUUCACGCGGGGCCACAUCGCCGCGGUGCGCGCGCGCCUCGAGAACAGCGCGAGCGCCGCCGAUGACGGCACGCUCGCGCUGAUGCAGAUGGCGGCGCGGCUGGAGAGCGGGCUGGGCACCGAGCUGCACAACGCCUUCCUCCGACCACAGCUCGCUGGCAACGGUGCAAACCCGCCCCCCAUGCAGCCGCAACCUCAACCACAAGGGUUAAUCGUCGAAACUGGAAAUGGGGCAAGCGUACUUCAGCUACCAGCAACUACUUUAGAACAAAUCCGGCAUAUCGCAUCAGACCCCGGAGCAUCUACACUGCGCUUACCGCCCUCCGCUACAGAAGUACCAGCUGGGGCCCGCGAACUAGACUACGACCUCUGCUACGUAUGCAAGCACUGUAAAGUGGCGUUCCCGUCUCCUACCCCGCUCCAAACGCACCAAGCUCGCUCGUGCUACGCCGGGCGGGACUCCGCUCGAGGCGUCAUCCGCGUGGUCCAGCCCUCACUCGAGUGUAGAACGUGUCCGGGUGAACGGUUCCGCAACGCGAUGGACUUCAGGCGACACGCAGAGAGCGAAGCGCACAUACGGAACUCCAUGCCGUCGCUCCAGCCGCCCGUCGCAGAACCGCUGACCCAUGAGAUGGAAGAUGUGGUGAACCAGAUCACGCUGCUGGCCGCCCGCGCCGCGCAGGACGCCACUCCGAAGGAAGCCAACGUGACCUUCUGCGCUCCUGGCCCGCGUUUCCCUCAGCCGGGCGAAAUGCCCCUUGCCAGCGCCGGUCACUAAUCCUAU